AUUAUUUAGAGCUUCGAUCUAACUUUUUGAGAGAAAUCUUUGAAGUCUAAAAAAUAAAGCAUUCACAGAUUAAUGUUUAAAUAUCACAAAAUGUUAUAGAUAUAUCUCAUUAAUGAAUCAUCCUCAUGUCAUUGUCACCGGUAAGAUCCUCAUUCAUCUUUGGAGCACAAAUUAAGAUAUUUCCGAUGAAAUCUGAGAGCUUUCUGACCCUGCAUAGACAGCAACACAACUACCACACAACUAUAAGAAAAUAGUGCACGACAUCAGUGGUUCGACCAAAAAAUGUUAUGAAGCCAUGACAAUAAUUUUGGUUUGCAAAGAAAUCAAUCUCUUCUGUGUCAGUCUUUGCAUGUUAAUGAGAAUAUCAUAUAAAAUUUCAUUUAUCAUUUAGUUUUUCUUGGUUGCAAUCUAUAAACCGAUCAAAAUAUAAAUAUUUAAGUCGAAAAACAUACCGACUUUUAGCUUAAUCAUACUUUCAAAUACUAUUACACUAAAUAAAAAUGGGGGAAAGAUUUUCUUCUACUUGCAAGAACGUAACUUUGAUAAAUAUUGGAUGUUGAUUAAUGAUUGUGUCUCCAGCUGUUUCUUUAAAAGUAGCGAUGGCCUCAGCAGAUCAAUAGUGCAGACCUGCUCGUUGGUUAAAAAUCAGACGCAGUGCAAUGUUGUGGCUCGCCUGUGAAAGCCUAGUCAUGCUGUGUGAACGCUGUCCAGAAGAGCAGUGCAGCUGCCCAGCCUUCACAUGACACGAUAAGAAGGAGCUGAUUGCAUUACCAGAGAACUUGAUCCAUGAUCUUCAUCGUGAUGUUUCUUCUUCGUGCGCUGAUGCUGUCGCUUCUCUUCGGUGCAUCGGCCAAAGUUGUGCAGGAUUUUCAGAAUGAAUGCGGCCAAUUCUUUGCAAACAGGAGAUCACCAACAAUAUUUCCUGAACCACAAUACAGGCAGAUCUGCCAAGCUCUAAAUAAUGUUUAUUAUUAUGCCACAUUCUAUGACACUGACAACAAGAUCCCUGUGUACUCUGCCUACAAGUUUGAAGGACUAAAGGACUGCAAAAGAACAAACAGGUGGUACAUUGAACCUCAACUUGACGACAAAAAAGAAUCAUCAUCCAUGAAAUGUGAGAAAGAUGUUAAAAUACAACAACUUGGAGACCAUCAAGCUCUUAAUGGUGACUAUGAUAACUCUGGAUACGACAAAGGUCAUCUGGCACCAGUCUUCCAGGCACUGUCACAGAGCUGUGCUGAUGCCACCUUCACUCUCACCAAUGCUGCUCCACAAGACCGCUCUUUUAACCGAGGACAGUGGAAGAAACUAGAAAAAAGCAUUGCGGAAGAACUGUCCGAGCAAUGUCUAUCAAAAAAAUAUUCGGUCUACAUUGUGACAGGGGUGGUACCAGGUGCAAGUCAAAUAAAAAAUAGAGUAAAAGUGCCUAGUCACUUCUGGACCGCAUACUGCUGCUUAGACAACAAUAACAAAUGUCAGAUCUCAAGAGGGUUUAUUGGAGAGAACAAGAAUAUUACUCCCAAAGACAAAACUGUGGGGGAAUUAGAGAAAGAUCUGACAACACUUUAUAAUGUUGGUUCAUUUGAGUUGUUUGAUAACUCUAUAAAACUCCCACAGCAGAAACAAAGUGAACUCUUUCAUAAUAAUAAAGCACCAGUGAGCUAUUGUCUGAAAGAGAAACUUUAUCAAAUGUUUUCCUCGUUGUUAUUGUGACUUCUGGUUUAAUUGUAAUUGUUAGCAGAGUCAUUAAAAAAACUGAAUUCGGAUUUCACAAAAACUGCCUAAUGUAAGUGUUUUUCAAAGAAGAGAAAUCAAGAAAAAAUAGUGGAUGCUGUACAGUCUUUGAUAGACAUUAAUUCACACUUACCCAGGUUUAGAGUAAGAACCGAAGCUUUGGAGAAAAAUUUUAUGAUUAAUUGCUAUAGGAAUUUGGGAAGCAUCUCAUAAAAAUAAGGUGGCGUUGUCUGCUUACUGACUAAAAAUAUGCCCCGAUCUGCUAUACGGAUACCUCGAAUAGCACUUUCUCAUAUAAAUAUUGACAGUAGCUGCACGACAUGGAGAAAUAAAUAGGAAGAAAUAUUGACACCCCUGCCUCACUCCUCUGGAUAAACUAAACCUGGGUGAAAUGCCAUAAUUUAAUCAAAGCACUUACAUUAUUGUUUUAUUUACUCUUCAAAAACAUAUCCACAAAACCAAAUUUUACUAAUGAAUGAAACUGAAGUUCUAAAGAAUCAAAAGCCUUUUGUAAGUCUAAGUAAAGAAGGAAGCGGUCCUCCUGAAUCAAUUCUGAAUAGUCGAGUAAACCAAUAAUCAGUCUAGUCAGGGGGAGAGUCUCAUUUUUGAUGCUUUCUUCAAAAACCUUAAGUAAAAAAGGAGACAGUUCUUUAGAGAACUGUUUGUAUAACUCUUGUUUUUAACCUACUAACUUCAGAUAAGGACAUUUCAUUGUCACAAAAAAUUCUGCCAUCUCUUGUAACAGCCUUACAAUUUUUAACAGUCUCUAGAAAAGUACAGGCUGCAUUUUAAAAUAAAGAUUACUAUAAAAUUUAGCACAGAAAAAGUAUUAGAACUCCCUCGUCCAUCUAUUUUUGUCUAGAUCUAAUGUAGACACCCUGUACCAUAUAAGUGUACAUUUAAUCUAAUUUAGACUGCAGGUCAGCUUAUCUGAUUCAGAAAACAGCUCUGGGGAUUUUAGAGGAAAGGAUUGCAAUUUUAGACACCACCUUAGUUCAAGUUUAGCUUAAUGCAUAUACUGCUGAAUGUUCCCAAAUAUUUACUAGUUUCAAACUUUAUCAACUCCUACUGGCAACAAAAUGAAUCUGACACUAAAGCUCUUCUCCAGUACCGCUUAAUCAGUAAUGUAAUAUUCUUCUUAAAGGUGCUGUAUGUUUUGAGCUUUUUCUGUGUUUAUUGACAAUAUUACCGCAAGAUAAAUGUAUCAGUCGUUGUUGGAAACAUUGUAUUGUACUAAAAGACUAAAAUGUUGCUUUUCACAGCAAAGUGACAGACACUUACAACACAAUAGAGAGAAAUGAUAAACACUUUCUGCAUCUGU